UGACAAUGUAUUCGGCCAAUAAAUUAAAGAUUUUUUCAUUGACUUAUUUUUAAAACCAUAUUUUUAAGUCGUAACCAAACGUGACUAAAACAUCAUCACUUCGGAUAAUUUUAUUUAUUUCCUCCAAUGAUCUCUCGUCCUUUUGAUUUUCUUCAUCUUCCUCUCACUUUCUCCCUCUAAUAUCUCUUUUUAUUUGCUUACUUUACUAAUAGACUAUUAUUUUUACUAAUCACAUGAUAAAAUGUUCUAAUUAUGGCUCGUUACUAUAUAAUGUCACAAGCUAUUGCAAACAUUUCUCCAUCAUCCUCUUUUCUUUCACUCUUCAUAUAUAUUAUCUAACUACGCACAAUGAUACUUAUACCAAAAAUGACUACACUACAAGCCCUUUCUAGCUUCAUCACAGUCACACCAACGCAUGUAAUGUCACAUGCAAAACCUAAUUCCUUCAAUUUUUGUUGUCGUCAACCAAUUUUUUCUAGUAAUCAACCUCUCUCCCUAUCCCAAUCGUCCGAUUUUAGCCUCCGAUGCUGCCCACCACAUCGUUCCUCACUUAGCCCUCAACAAUGUUUACCCAAUCAGAUGAGUGGGUUUCUAGAGAUCGAACUCAAAGUACGGGACUAUGAAUUGGAUCAAUAUGGUGUUGUUAACAAUGCAGUCUAUUCGAGUUAUUGUCAACUUGCACAUCAUGAGAUAUUAGAAAGCAUUGGUCUGGAUGCUAAAACAGUGGAGAGCAACGGCGGUGCUUUAGCGUUGUCAAAACUUUCUCACACUUUCCUCGCACCACUUAAGAGUGGAGACAAGUUUGUUCUAAAGGUGAAGGUCUCAGAAUCCUCAGCUGCUCGUAUAUUCUUUGAGCAUUAUAUCUACAAGUUGCCAAAUAACGAGCCGAUUCUAGAAGCAAAAUCAGUUGUUGUUCUUCUUGGCAAAAAUUAUCGCCCUGUUCGUAUGCCUACAGAGGUGAAAUCCAAGUUAAGGCAGCUUAUGAUGCAUCAAGAAGCGGGCGCAACGCUUAUUGAUCAUGCUAUGUCUACUGCUCCCUCGCUGUUGAACGGGUUGAUGACCAUUCCAAAUGUUUGUGAAGCAACAGCAGGGUAACUUAGAGCAUGAUUAGGAGCAAUGUUAAUCAUGUAUGUUGGACAAUUUGUGUAUUAUAGAAGGUCUGUAGUUCCGCAAUUUGGAAUGUCUUUUGUUAGGAUGUGCGCUUGUGAAUUGUGUGUAGUCAGGGUAUGUUAUAUAAAUGAACAAUUGUUACUCUGUUUCUUCUAA